GGGAGACAAGGCGUUCUCCCCUUCCAUCCCUACUUCCUCAUGUCAGACCGCCCAAAAAUUGACCAGAAAGUCCUACGGCGGGACUUGAAACGAGCGGCGUCCCCAUUCAACAAGAAGAGCGCCGACAUCAUCAUCCGGUCAGCAGAUGGGAUGAACUUCCAGUGCCACAAGGCGGUGCUCACUCUAGCAUCGCCGGUAUUCGAAUGCAUGUUCCAUCCCCCGCAGUCGACCGCAACCGGCGUAACAGACAUCGAUUCAGCAAUAGGCGUAACAGACGUCGAUACAGCAAUAGGCGUAACAGACGUCGAUACAGCAACCGGCUUGCCGAUUGUCUGUGUCACAGAAAAUAGCACGGCGUUGGAUGGUCUUCUGCGUUUGUGUUAUCCUAAGCAGAAUCCUGUCCUUCACCGUGCGUCGGAGGUGAUAGAGUUGUUGGAAGCAGCACAGAAAUACCGAAUGGGAGAAGCGAUCCGGCACUUGGGCGAUGCGCUGAGCAAGUAUGUGGAGAAGUCUGCUUUGCAGGUCUAUGCAGUUGCAUGUCGGUUGGGAAUGGAGGAGCUUGCAAGGAAGGCGGCUGUUAAGCUCAAAUCACAGGAGACGAUCACGCAGGGGCCAGAGAUGGAGCGCAUGUCUGCCGGUGCCCUCCAUCGACUCUUCCAGUUCCGCAAUCCGAAUGUGCGAGGUCCUGCUCACUGCUUCACAUUCUGUCGUCCGACGUCAAUUGAUAUGCUCCAAGUGGUAACGACCACUAUAAAUCCUGUCGGGGCAGAACCCUUCAUACAUCCUUCCGCCGACACCAUUGUGCUCUCUUCUGACGGCGUCCAAUUCCGCGUGUAUAGAAACAUCCUCGAACUUGCGUCUCCUGUCUUCGCAGAUAUGUUGAGGAAUUCUGGAGCUAGCGACGGUCAUCCCGAGCCGAGCACAGAGCCACCGCUUGUCCGGGUCGCAGAGGAUGGCAGGACAGUGCAUACGCUCUUGCAAUUGUGUUAUCCAAUGGAGGCCCCCGUUGUUGAAGGGUUCGAUGCCGCGCAUGCACUUCUUUCUGCCGUCAAGAAGUACGGGGUCACAUCCGCGUUGGCAUGGGCGAAGCGGUCGUGGGUGGAGCAGAUGAAAUAUGAUGCAUUGCGAGCUUGUUUACUCGCCAUGCAGAUGGGAUGGGAAGAUGAAACAGAGGAGGCGAUUCGGCUUCUGCCCGCUAAGGACCACCAGUGGUUUCCGGAGAUGGAAAGUAUCCCAGCAUCGUACUACUUCAUGGCACUGGAACGGCGGCGUAAUCGUUCCAAAUCCCUUUCAGGGCCCUCAACAGGCUCAACUACAGAGAACAUAGCCUGCACGGUAGGAUUGGUGAUUGUUAUCGGGCUUUGGGAAGCCGCAAAGUUAGUGUGGCACUGGUUAGUGAAUGUCUGACAAUAUAUUGGGUCAGCAUUUUUGAGACAUUCCUGCGCUAACGAUAACUCGAGCAGGAUCCAGAACACAACUAUUCGUUGUGAACCAUCGCAGUGUUGAACGCAUGCGUCAUCAUCUUGCCGCCGCUAUGCUACAUCUGACAAAUGAAGAGACCUGGGGAGUCAGGACAUAUGCAUGGUAAAGUAAAGUAGUUCACCGUAGAAUUCUUCGGGUCAUUUCCGCUUUACUUGUUCUCGUGCGCAGAGGCGGUUCAAACGGAGCAUUUCAGCUUCGACCUCACGUAUAUGUGCGAUCCCAUUUGAUGUUCCGAUAACACUAUCAAAUCCUGAGGCACGCAAUACAUGAAUAUUUCGCUUG